AUGGUGCCAUUUUUGCUGCUUGGGCUAGUCGGCGCUACCGUAGCCUCAUUUUGCGGGCAAGCUGCCGUGCCGUUCACGUUUCAGGUCCUCCGAGCCGGAUACCCAGUGCUAGGUUGCGCACGACCCAGGUGCUUUGGCUGGACCGCUAAUGGCACUCGAGUAGCGGAUUCCGCCCAAUUCUACCGCAUUAAUGGCAAGGAGGAUGGGUAUUUGAGGAGAUCCGAUGUUCUUCUCCGCCAGCCCUUCAAAACCCAAGGAUUCGUCCCCCAGCUUUCGAGCUGCGAGACCAACUAUCGGCAAAACGGCUGUGACGCCGGGCAGUGGAUCGGUGGGCUUGCACCACAGUCGGAUGCCUACUCAAAAACGCUCCAAUCCCGUUGCUGCUCCUACGGACCUCUCUUCAAUUCGGAAGACCGAGGAAUCGCCCAGCUGCACCCCGGUCAGAUGGUCGUCGGAGGAGAGGUGACGCAAAGCGGUCGUCUCGUCGCUUUUGACUACAUUGCCAACCUGAACAAAAUUAUCGCCGACAAUGGAACGAUCAUCUACAACGUGCACGUCCGCAGGAUGCAGUGUUUGGAUGAGGAGACCGCUUCUGAGACGAUUACUGCUAACAACGCGAUUAUUCCAUCGGCUCAGCGUGGACUGGAGAAGAAUCCCCUCGAUGUCGCCCCAUCUGACAUCCAGCUCCAAACAGUCCAGGAGCACAACGCUCAGGCUCUCGCCGCUCCGACUCAGGUCUUCGGCCAGCCCCCAGGCUUCCAGACUCCUCAACUCCCCCAACAACAGCAGCUCGUCCCAGCUGCCUCGGUAGAUGCUCAGCCUCAACCUGCCCAACUUGUUAAUCAACAACAACAGUACCAGCAGCAACAGUACUUUGGACAGAAUGGACCUGCCGCUCCCCAGGCGACAACUCAGUACCCCCAGCGAACCAUGCCUCAGCCGUCGCAGUACCAGCAACAGCAGCAGCAGCAGGUUCAACAGGUUCAGCAACAACAGCAACAAGUCCAGCAGCCGAUGCAACAAUUCGCCCAAGCCUUCCAGCAGCCCCAACUUUCAACUACCCUGAACCUCUUUGGGAAUCAGCCCCAGCUCCAGGCCCUCCCCCAGGCUCCCCAAGUGAACUAUCAACCCACCGCUCAACAGCAACAGCCUCAGCCGCUGCCUCAGGCUCAGGGAAUCCAACAAGUCAACCAACCCGCUAACAACUAUAACCAGCAGCAGCAAAACGGCCAGCUUUUCCCGAAUCUGUUCCCCCAGCAGCCCCAGCAGCAACUUGUCAAUGGCAUGCCCCAGAUGCCCACCCUUGCUCCCCUGACGAUGCCACGACUUGAAGACAUCCCGAAAAUCGAUAUCCCAUCAAUUGAAGAGGUUGAGCAGAGCAUCCCGCCCGUCCAGAAGGCCAUUCUCUCGCAGGUGGCGCGGUUCUUCGGUGUCCUC